AUGUGCUCCGAGGUGAAGUUCGGCAAUGGAUUAGCCGCAAAGAACCAGCAGAAAAAGCUCCUUUCCGAGCACUACAAUACGCCAACACCCAGAUCCUUGCAAAAUGUCCCAUGGUCUACUGUACUUACGGCUUGGCGUAAGGCUGGCGUAGAUUUCCAACCAGCCGUGCAAGGGACAACUUUGAGCCCGACCAGUCCGAAGCCGGAGACACGACCCAACGGAUGUCCUGUGAUCUGUCGAUCGGUCUCCGAGGCCUCAAUUCCCGGACGCCAGCCGACCCCAUCUACUGCACCAGCUGACGUGGCUCCAUGCCUCAACGACAUGGUCACGUGUCCCGGGGUAAGUGUACCCGUGAUCCGGUUCUCGAGCAACUCCAGCCAGACAGGUCUAUCAAACGACCAAUCCGGCCAUUUGGGGGCGGGCCAAUUGGAGAAGCUGAAGCAGCUCAACCGAAGAGCUCGCAGACGCACAAGCAUACAGCGUCUGAAAACUGGUUGUCUUGUCGUCGGCCGUCUGUUGCCAUGGUUCUCGUUGCUCUUCGGCGGCCUGGCCAUCACUCUGGGCUACCUGUUUGCCAUCCGCCAACUGGUCACCGCCGGCUGCCUCCUCCUUCUCGUCACCACCGGCUUCCUCUUGCAGGCGGCCUUCUGGAAGCGGCCGAACAUCAACCUCUUCAAGCCGGCUGAAGUGCCCUUCUAUCUGCCAUCGCAGGAGGACCUCGAGAACCUGGAACGCGGCUUCGCGGACGUCAAAGAAGAGGAGGAGAAGACGGAAAAGGCGGACAAGGAGCAGCAGCAUGAGCAGAUGAACACUGAACACGAGCCACUCGGCUGUCCAGAGGUCAAGAGUUCACCAGAAGGCCUAGCACCGCUGGGUUUGCCGGGUUCGAGGCCGAGGCCGGCUGGAGUGCUGCUGCAUCCGGACCAUAUGCAUCAGAUGCGCAGACUCAGUCAGGCCUUGAGCCGAGCAACACACGAACUAACCGCGGCCAGACAACGUUAUCUGGAAUUGGGCGAACCGAACAUGCUGACUCUGGCGCGCCGAUUGACCAUGGGCCCCGGCGUCGACAUGCUCGACUCGGGACUCAACAGUGUUGGCCGCGUGGCUGGCGUGGCCGGUGUCAACUGGGCCUCGUCUCGGCGCGGCCUGGCAACUGCGGGCUAUCGUCAUGGCGGCUCGAUCUGGUCACCCUCGUCGAGGGACAGACCUGGGCACGAGUCUCCCGGUCGGGGGGGUGUCCCGGCUGGGCGGAAUGACGCUGGCAGACGCCCAAUCAGAAGGCUCCGACAGCGGCCCAGUCGUGCCAAAUUGACUCAAGAAUGCACUAUCCAGGCGUAA